AUCACCGCGCAUCUCUGCUAUCCCCACACCCAUUGCAGCCAUGUCUGAUUUCCCUCCUCCACCAGUCGACACCAUUGAUUGGAGCAACGUAGGCUUCAAGAUCCGAGAAGUUGCUGGCCAUGUUGAAUCGCAUUAUUCUGUCGAAACUGGAAAAUGGAGCCCGCCAGUUUUCGUCGAGGACCCUUUUCUUCGCAUCCACGGCAUGGCGCCUGGCCUGAACUACGGCAUGCAGUGCUACGAGGGUAUGAAGGCUUUCCGCGCACCAAACAACACCAUCAACAUCUUCAGGCCGAACAAGAAUGCGGAACGAAUGCAACACUCGGCCUCGUUCAUCUCAAUUCCAGAGGUCCCGACCGACCAUUUUGUCGCCUGCUGCAGUAUGGCCGUGGGCAUGAAUGCGGCUUACGUCCCACCCCAUGAAACCGGUGCAGCCAUGUACAUCCGGCCACUGCUUUUCGGAAGUUCGGCCCAACUAGGUCUCAACCCGCCGCAAGAGUACACUUUUGUCGUUUACUGUAUCCCAACUGGCGUUUACCACGGAUCCAACCCGGUGGACGCUCUCAUUCUCGAGGACUUUGACCGUGCAGCCCCGGAGGGUACGGGAUCAGCCAAGGUGGGCGGAAACUACGCGCCAGUUCUAAGGCACAGCGAAAAGGCGUACAAGGCCGGCUAUGGCAUCACGCUCCAUUUGGACAGCAAGAGCAGGAGCGUGAUUGACGAGUUCUCCACGUCGGCUUUCAUUGGUGUCAAGAAGAACGGUGAUAAAUUCAAGCUGGUCGCCUCUAACAGCAAGAACGUGAUUCAGAGUGUCACAGGUGACAGUGUUUUGAGAAUCGCCGAGUCUUUUGGAUGGGAGGCUGAGUCUCGCGAGAUCUCCUACGACGAGCUCAGCACAUUCGACGAAGUCUUGGCUGCCGGAACCGCAGCUGCUCUGGUUCCCAUCAAGUCCAUCACCAUGCAGUCCAGAGGUGACAAGUUCACGUACGCAGAGGCCCAGCAAGAACCAGGCCCGGCAUGCAAGAAGCUCCUUGCAACUCUCAAGGGAAUUCAACAAGGCAAGAUCGAAGACAAGAGCAACUGGCUUUUCACGGUAGAAAGGCCAGCGCAGUUUGGAAAGCAAGAUCAGACCGACGGCGCCAAGAUUGUUGGACAGCUGCCAUAGGGGGGUUGUGUGCCUUGCUACGUACUUGGAAUCAUUCGGCGUCUAAAAAAGAACAGUAACCAUGACAUUGGCGUCCAGGCGCAUAUGGCAAGUGUAUACGUAUGUAUAUAGAAAAUUGAUGAACAAUGAAGCAGCAUUCGGCAGCUAU